AUGGCCUCUGCAAAUGACACCCGGCAGGCGCCCAAAGAUGCUGCCGACCAGAAUUUUGACUACAUGUUCAAGCUGCUGAUCAUCGGCAACAGCAGUGUAGGCAAGACGUCGUUCCUCUUCCGAUACGCUGACGACUCCUUCACUUCGGCCUUCGUCAGUACUGUGGGCAUCGACUUCAAGGUCAAGACUGUCUACAGGAAUGAAAAGAGAGUCAAGCUGCAGAUCUGGGUAAGAAACCAUUCUUGGCGAGGGGUGCACAGAAACUUGGCCAGUUGUAUGUAUCCUAUGCAGUAAAAGGGACGCGGGUGGUGCUGUGGGUUAAACCACAGAGCCUAGGACUUGCCGAUCAGAAGGUCGGCGGUUCAAAUCCCCGCAACGGGAUGAGCUCCCAUUGCUCAGUACCUGCUCCAGCCAACCUAGCAGUUCGAAAGCACGUCAAAGUGCAAGUAGAUAAAUAGGUACUGCUCCGGCGGGAAGGUAAACGGUGUUUCCGUGCUCUGUUCUGGUUCUCCAGAAGCGGCUUAGUCAUGCUGGCCACAUGACCCGGAAGCUGUAUGCCGGCUCCCUCGGCCAAUAAAGCGAGAUGAGUGCCGCAACCCCAGAGGCGGUCACGACUGGACCUAAUGGUCAGGGGUCCCUUAACCUUUUUUAUGCAGUAAAUAUGUCAAAUUAAAUUUCUAUUCCAAUCCCAGGCAAUCCAAGCCCUGCAGGUGUCCCAUCUUUUGCUAGGCUGGAGGAGUGAGAAGGAACAAAGUGGGGAGCAACCAAUGGAACUAUGGUUCAGCCACACUUCUGCCUUCAGAGAUCUCUGGAGGCAUUGCCACUCCCCCUCGGGUGUAUUUUGGCAGUCACAAGGACUAGAAACUUGCACUUACAAAAAUGAAAAGGGAGGUUCUCAUCUGAAUUCUGUGCUCCAGCAAAAUCUUGGCAUCUUUCUCCACUUGGAAACUGACCAUGGUGUGUAUUACAUGGCAUGGGUGUCCUGAAUAGGAUGUGAGCAGAUAUUAUGGAAGGGCAAACUGUACCUUCUUCUAUUUUUUAUUUUUAGUGUCUUGAUUCAGCCAGGUUUGUAGCCCGCUGCUUCCUUUGAACCCUUGAAUCCAAGCACUGAGGUGGCUAGCUUUUUGGUCCACUCCUCGGGAGAUGUUUAUGCUUUGCUAUGCCAGCAGCUCUGGCUCUGGCUAUUCCUGGGCUCAGAGAGCAGCUUGUCAGCUCCAUGUUUCCUUGCUUCAUCCUCAAGUUUCUCUCCAGCCAGAGUGCUGGAAGCAAGUGCACAUGGGGAAAGGCACUGGCUUGUGUGCCAGCACUGCUGCUUCACUCAUCUGGGUGUGUCACUGAAAGGUGACAUGUAUGAUGGGCUAACACAGUACAACUCUUGAAGGUGUCUGAUGAUGUAGGACUUUAGGCUGCAUGGGCUCUCAUGUGCCACUGAGCUAUAGAGAAUAGCCAGAGUUCAUCAAGGUCCUAGGCCAUAUCAGCACUCUAGAUUUAAACCUGGUCUCACAAUAACAAAUUAACAAAACCGGAAAGUUCAAUUGGCUGCCAUUCUCUACAGGCACAGUGCGAUUCCAUUCGCCUCCCCGGCAACUAUAUAGUGAAACUAUAUAGACCCACACUGUGCUUGUAGAGAAUGGCGGCCAAUUGAACUUUCCGUUUUUACCCAAGGUUCAGACUAUGUGCCACACUAGUUUUGUGUGCCUCCAUUAAAAAGGUAAAAGGUAAAGGACCCCUGGACGGUGAAGUCCAGUCAAAGGCGACAAUGGGGUUGCGGCGCUCAUCUCGCUUUCAGGCCAAGGGAGCUGGUGUUUGUCCACAGACAGCUUCAGCUUUCCAGGUCAUGUGGCCAGCGCUUCUGGUGCAACGGAAUACCGUUAUGGAAGCCAGAGUUCUUGGAAACGCCAUUUAUCUUCCUGCUGCAAUGGUACCUAUUUCUCUACUUGCGUGCUUUUGAACUGCUAGGUUGGCAGGAGCUGGGACAGAGCAACGGGAGCUGACUCCAUCACGGGGAUUCGAACCGCCGACCUUCUGAUCGGCAAGCCCAAGAGGCUCAGUGGUUUUGAUCACAGCACCACCCACAUCCAGCCAGGUGUCCCCAACCCAGGUUUGGAUCUUGGAUCAGAGUCCUAGCUAGUGCCACCUUUGGGAGAGAGAUGACAUAACAGGAAGACAUAACCCUGCAAUAAGUAAAUAAAAUAAAUAAAUGGAACAUGUCUGUUUAGCUAGAAAGGUUGUGUGCUUGUGGAAGUCUCCAGUGACAACCAUCGCCAGUACUGAAUACAAUGUCCUACCUUCUGGUGGAGCAGGAAAUUGCUGGCAGCAUCCAAAGGUCUACACUGGCUUCCUCUUUAUUUGGACUUUGAGCGUCCACCAACCCUGAAAAGUCAGAGUAGGUUACAGCAUAUUUUGGAAAGCAACUCAUCAAAGUACUCCCCUACUGAUAAAACCAAAUUCAGGAGAAGGAGUGUCUCAGACCUCAAAAAGCUGAACCACAUAUAAAACUGUGAUAUUUCUGUUGGAAGAUGCUCAGACUUUUGGGUUUGUGGGGGAAGAGAACUCCAGACCUGAGGAGGGUCUUUCUGCAUAUCUGCUGCGUCUCUUGACAUGGCACCAUUCUCCACCGUCCAUAGCGACCAUGAUGAGAGGGAAACAACUGCAGCAUGUCCACAACUGAGCAAACCUUCUGGUCCAAGUGUCCUGGGCCCAGCUGAACCACUGCUGACUCUCGACUCAAGCGACUUGGCCUGCACCUUGUCUUGUUUCUGUUGUUUGUUGACAACCGUCUGCCUUCAGAGACAAUGGAGUGCGCCUCCGGGGGUGAAGUCAAACCGCUGCGUUAGGAGUGCAGAAGUGACCUCUUCUGGGUGCAAGACUGGGCAGUGUGUAUGGAGGUCCUGGGCUGCCAAGACAACAAGUCCCUGCUAUCGGCCUCACUGAUGAGGUCCAAAGGGAAGCAGGGCAAUACGUUUGGCACCAACUUGGCUGCAGGAGUUUCUGGAAGGUGGCGUACAAGGCGCCAUCCCAACUGUCUUAGCGACUCUGGAUUUGUGUACGGUUUGUUCCGUAGCCUUUUCUUCUCCUGAAGAUGUCCUGCAAGGCAGCAGAGGUUUAGGAUCAGAGUUUUUCUUCUCCUAGAUGGGCUACCUUCCCAGGUUGAUGGGCCCUGUCUGCCCCUCACUUCCCUCUACAGCACAUGCUGUACAGAGCCAGUGUGGUGUAGUGGUUAAGAGCUGUGGACUCAAGAAGGUACCUUUUUUCAUAUGUGGUGGACUUGUCCCAAGGUGAAAGACUUCUGGGAGAAGAUUUAUAAUAAACUGAAAAAAAUGUUGAAAUAUACAUUUAUUAAAAAAAAACAGAGGCCUUUCUUCUUGGAAUACAGUGGUGCCUCGCAAGAUGAAAUUAAUCCGUUCCGCGAGUCUCUUUGUCUUGCGGUUUUUUCGUCUUGCGAAGCACGGCUAUUAGCGGCUUAGCGGCUAUUAGCGGCUUAGCGGCUAUUAACGGCUUUAAGAAAAAGGAAACAAACUCACAAGAACUCGCAAGACGUUUCGUCUUGUGAAGCAAGCCCAUAGGGAAAUUCGUCUUGCGGAACGACUCAAAAAACGGAAAACUCUUUCGUCUAGCGAGUUUUUCAUCUUGUGAGGCAUUGGUCUUGCGGGGCACCACUGUAAUAGGUUUGGAACUGCCCAAGAAAGAUGUUAAAUUAUUUUUGUAUGCCACAAUGGCUGCUCAAAUAUUACUUGCUAAAAAUUGGAAAACACAAGAACUACCAACAGUGGAAGAUUGGCAGAUGAAGAUGAUGGACUUUUUGGAGCUAGCUGACCUGACUGGAAGAAUCCGCGACCAGAAAGAAGAGGAAGAUUGGAGUUGCAGGAAGAUUGGAGGAAAUUUAAGGACCAUUUGAAUAAACAUUGUAAUAUAAAAAAUUAAAAAUUACUUGAAAGUACCAAUUAGGCCUAGGAUUAGAAUAGGAUAUAAAUAAAUAAACGGGAUUUAGAAUAUUAUGAAAAGUGAAUAAGAUGGACUUAAAUGGAGUGAUUUUUAGUUUAAUAAUGAUAUUGGAAAGCUGUUACAUUCAAUUAUAAGGAAACUCAGAAGGGAGAGACUAGAGGAAGUCAAUUAAGAGGUUUAAAAAGCUGGGAUUUUCAAAGAAUUAAGUUUGUUGUUAUUAUAUGUGUAUUGUUAUUAUUAUUUUUUUCUUUUUCUUUUCUCAUUUUGUCUUUGUGUGUUAUUUUGUGUUGUGGUUUUUGUUACAACUGUGGAAAAUCUAAUAAUUUUUUUUAAAAAAGAGCGGUGGACUCAUAAUCUGGUGAACCGGGUUCGAUUCCCCGCUCCUCCACAUGCAGCUGCUGGGUGACUUUGCGCUAGUCACACUUCUCUGAAGUCUCUCAGCCUCACUCACCUCACAGAGUGUUUGUUGUGGGGGAGGAAGGGAAAGGAGAAUGUUAGCUGCUUUGAGAUUCCUUAGGGUAGUGAUAAAGCGGGAUAUCAAAUCCAAACUCUUCUUCUUCUUCAUGCAGAAACUGCUAUUCGACCGCUAUUGGUCUUGUCUGCUCAAUUUGCCAGAGGCUGUCUUUGCAAGCAGGGGAAGUCCCUAAUUCACAGAGGGCUUGAGGGCCAUUGGCUACCCUCCCCUGCUUUAGCCAGCCAGUCAAAGCCAUUCCCAGAGUGUGGCCGCUGUCGCAUGCUGACAGCUUCUAGGAGCCACAGGUGAGAGCUGAGUGCAGGCUGGGAACCAAUGGUGAACAAACUACCCCAGAAGGAGCACGGUGUGUCCCCACCCCUCCCCUAACACACCCCACCCUUUGCCUGGGCCCACUGUAAAGUGGUGCCAGAAAACAUACUGUUCUGGUGUGCUGUUUUUGGAGCUCAAGCUUUCUUGGAGCAUUGUUCCAGAGUGUUGGCUGACAUGGGAAAACAAGCCACUUGGCAGCUGUGCGAUAAUCAUGUGCAAAUACUAGAUACAAUGGGUCUUUUGCAGGUGGCGGCAGCAGCUGACAUUAGUCGCCAAACGGGUCAGGGCUUGGUGGAGGGGGCUGCGUGGAGAGUCUUCCUCCCUAAUGGGCCUCUUAUGGUCUCCAAGGUAGUGACAUCCAGCUGUGUAGGGACCAGCCAUUCACACAGGAUUGACAAAGAAAGGCAUCAUAUGUGGAAAGGAAAACUCACUCAGGAAGCUGUCCUUCAGUUGGCACAGAAUGACUAAGGCCAGCUUUACUCCUGAAAUAAGGUGCAGACACUGACUCCAGAAAGGUGUUGGUACUGACCUUUAAAGCCCUAAACGGCUUCAGCCCAGUAUACCUGAAGGAGUGUCUCCACCCCCAUCAUUCAGUCCAGACACUGACGUCCAGCUCUGAGGGCCUUCUGGAGGUUCCCUCCCUACGAGAAGUGAGUUUACAGGGAACCAGGCAGAGGGCCUUCUCAGUAGUGACACCCACCCUGUGGAACGCCCUCCCAUCAGAUGUCAAGGAAAUAAACAACUGUCUAACUUUUAGAAGACAUCUGAAGACAGCCCUGUUUAGGGAAGUUUUUAAUGUUUGAUGUUUUAUUGUGUUUUUAAUAUUCUUUUGGGAGUUGUCCAGAGUGGCUGGGGAAACCCAGCCAGAUGGGCGGAGAAUAAAUAAUAAAGUAUUAUAAUUAAAGGUGCUAAUAAUGGCACCUGCCUGCUGUGUAGAUAGCAUUAGCAUGUCGUCUCUACCUUAGACCAGAAAGAAGAAGCCCACUUUAGAGAGGGACCUCAGGUGGUCCAGCUCAUGGGAUGUGCAGUCACUGGUUGUUAGAAAACAUUCUCCGCAGUGUCUCUUCAAAUGGGUGAAAGCAUUUCUCUGUGGGAAAAGAGUCUGUGUGGAUGAGCUUUCUCAGUCCUCCUUGCUUCUUUUGCCCCAGGAAGGUGGGCUUCACAGAGAUCGUUCUGGGAUUGGGGAGAUGAUGGCAGGUUGUUGGGUAGGAUUAAUCUUGCACCAUCUACAAAUAUAAAGAAAAAAGAAAACACAACCACAAAGGGCCCCAAAGGAUUCGCCACAAAACCACAGGACAGAAUGGAUUUUAGAGGCUCAGCUUGUUUUGUGGACUGUGGCAUGAUAACUGGUCAGCAGUGGGGAGAAAUCUCCAAUCCUGAGAAUCUCUUUGAUCAAGACUUGGCUGUUUGGUGCCCAGCUGUCCUUCCAGCUAAGUCUGCUGCCCUCCCCAGAGCAUCUCCUCGACUCUUGGUCCUUGGGUGGUGCCUCGUAAGAGACCUGCCUCUAUCCGGCAACCCUCGCUUUCCUUUUAAAUGCUCCAUUAAGCUUUGCACCUCUUUAAAUUUUAAUAGCAGUCAAAUGGCAGUCCUUAGGCACAUCAGAGCCAUCAUGGAAACUCUCCCCUGAGCCUGCUGUCAGCAUGAAAGGAAACCUAUGUCAUAGCCUUGAAAAGUAAGCUCUGGUUUCCACAGUAACAGCAAGUCUCCGGGCUGCAAGGGAGCAGGUGUCCAGGAAGAACCAGGGACGACUCUUGUCUCCAAGGCUAAGCAGCUGGGGAUGAGCUACCAUUCCACAGCCUUUCUGCAUCUGUGCUUUAUGUGUGACCUUAGCGCUUGCUCCAUAUCUCACUUGGUCAUCAUUGUGUAUUCCUUUAGUGCUCUAUUAUAUGUAUUUAUGAGUCAUGUUUUCCACUUAAGAGAGGGCUUGCAGUGAUGCACAAAUAAACAUGGUGGCCUUAAAAUUAAAAUAUAGAUUCCCACCCCAAAUGAGAAGCCUGACUUCUCGAAAAGCCAAGUGUAUAAAGCUGGGUGCAUAUGGCAUCAUCUUUCAGCCACAAACCAGUCUGGAAGGUGUAUGGCUGGUCAGGCAGUAACUGAUUCUGGUUGGGUGGGUGGAAGGGAAGGGUGCCGUGUUUGGGGAAAGCCUGAGAAAUUUUCUUGCCACUUUGAGAAGCAGGUUGCCAGACAAGAUGGAAGCCGCCUAGAGUGGCUGGGGAAACCCAGUCAGAUGGGUGGGGUACAAAAUAAUAAUGAUGAUAAUAAUAAUAAUAAUAAUAAUAAUAAUAAUAAUAAUAAUUAAUAAUAGAUCUGAUUCAGUAGAGCUCUUAGGAUUCCUUACAGUGGGUGAAGUGAGAUGGAUCCUUCCUGGGGAUUUUGGCUAACCUUCUUCUCUUUCUCUCUCUUUUUUAAAUAUAAUUUUUAUUAAUUUUUCUGUUUUAUAAUUUAGAAUACUCAUUUAAACAUCCUUAAAAUAUUCAGUGACUUCUCUGCAUAUUUUACAUAAACUAAACCAUUCACUAUUCCAUUAUUACAUCCAUCAAAACUUAUUUGCACUGUCAAAUUUAUCUUAAUGCUGCCAACAUUUUCAAGUGUACACAAUCUUCCCCCAUACAUUCAAUAAAUGUUUCCAAUCUUCUCUAAACGUAUGUUCUUCUUGUUCUCUUAUUCCAUUAAGUCUGCAAGCUGUACAUAUUCUGUCAACUUAAGUUGCCACUUUCCUUUGGUUGGGACCUCGUUCGCUUUCCAUUUUGGGGCUAACGAAACAUGGACCGCAGUAGUGGCAUACAUAAAUAACCUUCUUCUCUUUCUCUAAGGACACAGCCGGCCAAGAGCGAUACCGGACGAUAACAACAGCCUAUUACAGGGGAGCCAUGGGCUUCUUACUCAUGUAUGAUAUUUCCAACCAGGAGUCUUUCAGUGCUGUACAAGACUGGUAAGGAAUGCUGCACAGAAUCCUAGGAUGAGACUGGGAUCUGUGUCUUCCUAUUUCCUAGGAUGUGGAUUUCCAACCUUACUUGUGUGUCUUCAAAGCAGAAAAGGGGGUGUGUUUUCAGGUAGAGGUGUAGCAGGGUGUGCCUGGGGUCCUUUCUCUCAGGACGGCCAGUGGACUCUCUGCUUUGGUAUCGAGAGAACUUAAUUCAAAUGCAACCCACUUAGUCUUCUGCUUGCCUACACCCAGUUCCCAGGAAAUGUAUGGAACAGGCCUUUAUAGAGGUGCUCAGGGCCAAAGCCACUUCUCCAGUGGGCCAAAGGCACCAUAGCUCAGUGGUGGAACACAUGCUUUGCACCCAAAGGUCUCCAGUUCAGGAUAUUGGAUAACAGAGCUGAGGAAGACCUUUCCCUGUUUGAGGCUCCAAAGAGACACCGACUGCCUGAGUAGACACCACUGAACUAGGUGGACCAAUGGUGCGACUUGGUUAUAAGGCAGCUUCUUAUGUAGAAUAUAUGUGCUAUACAAAUGUCCCCUUGCUGUCGCAUAAGGUUCUGGCAUGUAUGGCAAAGUCCUUGAAACCUGUAAAGACCUGGCAUGCCUUGAAGUCCUAUUGUGCUAUGGAGCAAAGCAUUGGGUUACCCUGUUCCAGGGUUCCAACCCGCAGGUUCCUCAAACUUAUUCCCUUUUUGUAGAUGGCUUUUUAAUAAUAAUAAUAAUAAAUUUUAUUUAUACCCCACCCUUCCCUGUUCAAAAACCGGGCUCAGGGUGGCUAACAACAAAUUUAAAACACUUAACUGUAAAAGCAGCAUAAAAUACAAUAUAAAAACAUGAAUAACAAUAAAAUUCAAAAUUCAAAAAUCUAUUUAGGGGAAAUAAGCAUUAGAUAAUUCCCAGGGCUAGCUGGCUGAAUUGGUCCUACUUGGGCCAGCGAGGAGGCCAGGGGAGAAUUAGCUGUAGGGUCUCAGAGCGGGUGAUCUGCAUAAAAGGAGUAGGGGGAGGGAAGAAAAGGGAAAUAAAAGAUCAGGCUGAAUUCAAAUUAAAGACCAGGCGGAAUAGCUCUGUCUUACAGGCCUGACGGAAGGAGGUUAAAUCCUGAAGGGACCUAGUCUCAUGGGACAGAGCAUUCCACCAGGUCGGAGCCAUCACUGAAAAGGCCCUGGCCUGGUGGAGGAGACUUCCUUAGGACCUCUAAACUAUGGUUAUUCAUGGACCUUAAGGUCCUCUGCAGGGAAGGGCAGGAGAGGCAGUCCCGUAAAUGCAAGGGAAAUGAGUUGCAGGCAGUGCUUUUUAGAGGCUGCUGGGGCAGGUCUGCAUGGGGAUUUCUCCGCAGCUCGAACUGCAUGAAAUCCUCACGGCACCAGAGCCAUCCUCUCUGCAGAUCCCGGCUAAUCUUCCAAGGCGACUAAGAGACUUGUUGGGUUGGACUGCGGGUUAAAAGUUGCAGCAUCCCGCAAUCAGUCACUGCUACUCUCACUUCUGGCUUGAUAACUAAAGCCCCAAAAGCUCUUGCACAGACACACCCGGGAGGAGUUGCAAGCCUGCUCAGGUUUUGUUGUGUUGACAGAGAUCUUUCAGGCAUCAGCUGCUUAGCUGCAAGCCCAUCUUGGUAUCACGUCUGAGGUCUGCCUUUAAGAAACAUCUGGAGGUUAUCCACCUGAAUAAUUAUUGUAUCCCUCAAAGCAUCCAAGAGUGGUGUCUGUACAUAUGACGCUCAGAACCGAUAAAGAAGACUCUGGUCCCUGAAAGCUCGAAACCACAAUAAACCUGUUAGCCCUUACUGUUCCACAAGGCUCUUGGCUGUGUUUGUUGCACCAGACCAGGAUAGGUAAACACCCCUGUUACAUUUCCAAACAGAGAAACUACAUGCGCUCUUGCCUGUUUAUCCCCAUUCGUUCUUAAACAAAUAGUGUGUGGCAAAUGAUGUGUCUGUCUACAUUCCACAUGCUGAAGAGUUCAUUUAGCCUUGUUUGGUUGGCGCAUUUGACAAUGCAAUAUGCUACCUGGAAGCGUCUUUUGCAUUACUUUUUUUAAUGCUUUAUUAACCGUAAUUGCAUCCAUACGUCAAAGACAUUUUAUAAUCUGUAAAUCAAACUUAUCAAAAUAAAAAUCCCAACAAAUAUACAGUGGUACCUCAGGUUACAUACGCUUCAGGUUACAUACGCUUCAGGUUAUAGACUCCGCUAACCCAGAAAUAGUACCUCGGGUUAAGAACUUUGCUUCAGGAUGAGAACAGAAAUCGUGCUCCGGCGGCGAGGCGGCAGCAGCAGGAGGCCCCAUUAGUUAAAGUGGUGCUUCAGGUUAAGAACAGUUUCAGGUUAAGAACGGACCUCCGGAACAAAUUAAGUACUUAACCCGAGGUACCACUGUAUAUAUAAGUCUUCCUAGUAUAAAUUUAGUACAUAAAUUUGACUUCCCAUCCUUCUCAACAUCUUUUCACUCUAAUAAACCCUAUUACCUAAACUUAUCAACGUAUUCAUAAUAAAAUAAUAAUAUACAUCUAUGUAAAUGUAUCUAUUUUAACCCAUUUAACCUUUGUUUACGGAGAUUAUUCCUGGAACACAGGAAGCUUCUUGUAGGGGAGACCAGAUAGCCUCUGCCCUUGAGUCAGUGGCCACAGCAAGAAGCUAGUCAUGCUUCUUCCAUGAUCCCUGUGGUCAGGGAUUGUGUGACUUGGCAAGAGCAGUGUGGGUGGCUGGAAGCAGGGAUCAGGAAAGCUGAGAGCAUUCUGUGUACAUGCUGAUGGCUCAUUCUGAUCUUGUCCAUACUCAUACAACUCUCAGUUCUGUGGUUUCUAUAGGCCAAGGAUGGGGAAUCUGUACUGGCUGGGCCUGAUGGGAGCAGGAAACAAACAAUAUCUGGAGGACUGCAGAUUCCCCAUCCCUGCUGUAGGCACUGAAACUGGAAUCCCAUUCUUUUUAGCCCAAAUCACUAUUGUUUUGCACAAGAUUGAUGUAGUGAAGGGCAGCGGUGCUGCUGUGUGAUUUUAGAGUUGGAUGGUUUCAUUUACAGUGGUACCUCGGGUUAAGUACUUAAUUCGUUCCAGAGGUCCGUUAUUAACCUGAAACUGUUCUUAACCUGAAGCACCACUUUAGCUAAUGCGGCCUCUUGCUGCCGCCACGCCGCCGCUGCACGAUUUCUGUUCUCAUCCUGAAGCAAAGUUCUUAACCCGAGGUACUAUUUCUGGGUUAGCAGAGUCUGUAACCUGAAGCAUAUGCAACCCGAGGUACCACUUAUUUAUUUCACAAAAUUCAGAGUGGCUGGGGAAACCAGCCAUAAAUAAUUUUUAUUAUUAUUAUUAUUAUUAUUAUUAUUAUUAUAUUUAGAUACCACUUGACCGUAAAGAAACAAACUCAAAGCGUUUGACAAAAAAAGAAUUACAAGAUCAAAAAGUCCCUUUCUCCUAAAUGCCUUCUCUGUCCCUCUUGCAGGGCAACUCAGAUCAAGACUUACUCAUGGGACAAUGCGCAAGUGAUUCUAGUUGGGAACAAGUGUGACCUGGAGGAUGACCGAGUGAUACCCACUGAGGACGGCAAGAGGCUGGCGGAUGAGCUAGGUGUGUCCUGACCUCUCUCCUAUCUACACAGCUCCAGAUUUGAUCGGACCCCUCCCUCAACACCCCACCUCUCAAAUCAUUUCGUCACGCAGCACAUAGUGAACCACUCGCACAGGAGGCAGGGAUGGCCAACAACUUGGAACAGCUUAAAGAGAUGGUUAGGCAAAUUCAUGGAAGCUAAGACCAGACGCAGAGCUAGCUGCUCUGGCACCCAGAGCGGCGCGAAUGCUGUUCACCAGGGGCGGGGCUAGCUGCCUGCGGAAGUGGGGCGAGCGUCCUGGGGGGCAGAGCAGUGAUGUCCCGGUCAGGAGUUCAGCCUACCCUUGAGUAGGACCCUGGCAGAGACACAUGCCCGACUGGCAUGUUCCCUCCCUCCUGGUCGAUCGUUUGGGAGCUUCAAAAGCUUUCUUCUGCCCGAACAUCACAGCGACCGAUGCCAACCGACAUCGGCACACUUAGGGAUCCGCAGAGUCUUCGCAGUUCGCAUAACAGACCUCAGCAACUCAGCAUUUUGGCUAAUCUACUUUAUUUACAUAUAAACACACACGGAGCACUGCAACAUGGCUCCCUCUCUCUCUAGCAUCAGACAGCAAAGAGAAAAUGAACAAAGGACAAUAGUCCCACUUCACGGAACACAGUAACUCAAACAUCCUGUUUCCGUAACUUCCCCCUCUGUGGAGUCAAAACAUACACCGUUAUGUGAAAGACAACAAUCCCAUGACUGCAACCAUGGAGCAGGAAUUCUAACAGUCCCCCCCCCCCCCCAGGGAUGACACCUGGGGCCCACCGCCCCCCUUCCUCCGCCAGUGGCUAACGCUACUAGCCAUACUUCUAAAAACCAGUUGUUGGAAACUCCAGGAAGGAAGAGUUUUGUUGCUCACAGGUCCUGCCUUCGGGUUUCCCGCAGGCAUUUGGUUGGUCACUGUGAGUACAGGAUUCCGGAUUAGAUGGGCCAUGGGCCUGAUCCUGUAGGGCUCUUAUUUUCUGUGCUCCUCUGGCCCCCUCUUCUUCUUUUUUACAAAAUGCUUUCCCCUCCUUUGCAGGUUUUGAAUUCUUUGAGGCCAGUGCGAAGGACAACAUCAACGUCAAGCAAGUCUUUGAGCGCUUGGUGGACAUAAUCUGCGAGAAGAUGAACGAGAGCCUGGACACCAGCCCUGGCAUGGCCAGCAACAACCACAAAAACACUGCCCUGAAUGAGACCCCACCUGCACAGGCCAGCAGUUGCUCUUGCUAG